AUGCAUCUCAUUUGUGUAUUUAUUUUAAUGUCUUUAAUAAAAUCUCUCGAUUCGACUAUUUGUCUCGCAAAACUUGUUCCCGAUCAAAUUCGCUUGGCAUUUGCUGGUAAUCAAGGUGUUAGUGUUGGUUGGCAAUCCUUUAGUUGUCCAUUAACAACUUCAAAUCCAAAUCCAACUCCAACUGUUAUUUAUGGUUUAUCAAAAACAAAUUUAAACUUAACAUCAAUUAAUGGAAAUUCAAGUGUUUAUGAUACAAACUAUAUUUUGAAAACUUCUUGGUUUUAUAGUGUAGAAUUAACAAAUCUUCAACCAUCUACAGUUUAUUAUUAUCAAAUAAAACAAUCAAAUUAUGUUUCAGCAUCAAAUAUUUUUUCAUUUACAUCAGCUCCAAUAUAUGGUAGUCGAAGUCGAGCAAUUAAUAUAAUAACUUAUGGUGAUUUUGGUGUUGAUGGUAUAGUAGAAGAUAUCCUUAAUGGUAAAUGUCUAUUUGAACGUGCAUUAGGAGCUUUACAAAAAAUGUUACCAGUAACUGAUUUCUUCUUACAUCAUGGUGAUAUAUGUUAUGCAGAUGAUUCUCCCGAAGAUUUAUUUCUUACAUAUGAAGCAGCAUUUAAUUAUUGUCAAUCUAUGAUGACGAAUAUAACGAGUACACGCUUUUAUAUGACAGCUGUUGGUAAUCAUGAAGUAAAUUGUACAGAAAUUCCUGUGUUAAAUCAAUUAUGUUCAUCAUCAAAAAAAAAUCAAAUUCCUUAUAGUCAUCGAUUUAAUAUGCCAAGUAAACAAUCAGGUGGUUAUUUAAAUUCAUGGUAUUCAUUUGAUUAUGGUUUUGUACAUGUUAUAUCAAUUUCAUGUGAAUCAGAUUUUCCAUUGGCACCAUCAGGUAAUCUUCUUGAUACAACAACUCAAGUUAAUUGGUUAAAAAAUGAUUUAUCGAAGGUAAACCGUACUAUAACUCCAUGGGUUAUUGUUCAAUGUCAUCGAGCAUGGAAAGGAUCAAUCUCGAAGGCUGAUAUAAAAGAAGAUGGAAUUAUUAAUUGUCCUUCAUGUAAAGCAGCUUUUGAAUCACUUUUAAUACAAUAUAAUGUUGAUCUUUAUCUUGCUGGUCAUGUACAUUGGUAUGAACGAAUUUGUCUUAAUGGUGUAGUUAAUACAACACAAUAUGUCAAUCCAAUUGGUCCAGUUUAUUUGAUCAAUGGUGCUAUUGGUAGUCCUGAAGGUAGCGAUAAAUUAUCUCAAAGAUCGAAUGAUUCUUGUUUUCUUUCAACUGAUCCGGGAUUUGGUUUUCUAACAAUUACUGAUCCUAGUCAUGCUACAUUUACUUAUUAUCGAGUAUCUGAUAUGGCUAUACUUGAUCAAAUUACUAUUGUUAAAAAGCGAUGA